CUCCCGGUCUCGGCUCGCUCAGGUCGCCCGCUCCAGUUUUCCGCCUCCAUUUUUGCUGGCUCCACCAACAAAAACCCGACGCUCCCACCCUUCCCUUUUCCUCCCCAAACCCGCGCUCCCAUCCUCCGUGGCGUGCACCGCGCUCCCCAGCUCCCGCGGGCGGCGACCUGGGAGAGGCCGGGCGGCGUCUCACGGCGAGGCAUUUGAGGCCAGGGUUUUUUUUGGUGCUGUUAAUAUAGCUGAUUGGUGAGGGUCUGGACCUAGCAAUGGCGGAAAAUACUCAUGGUAGUGGCCGAUGCGCGCUUGGGGACUUGACGAAUGUCCUUUGCAAGCGACCAGCCACAUCAGAUCUGGAGAAGAGUACAGGUGGGAUAAAGAUCAGACGGAUUGAAAAGGACACUGGGACUGGGAAAGGGUUUGAUGAAAAUGCAAAAACCAGCAGUAGAGGGAAGGGAAUUGUAUUUGGGCAUUUGUUUGAUGGUGUUGCCAAAGAGAAUUUCGAAAGGCCUUCUAUCUUUCAGAACACUAGGGUUCAACACAUGGCUGCCGAAGCAGCUGGGCUGUUAUCCAAGGAGGCCAGUGACUUGAAGAACCAUUAUGCAUCAAUUGAUUCAUUUGAUCUCAGUGAUAAGGAGCAGGAUUCUUCGCUGGAAUCUGAAGGUGACUACGAUGAUGAAGAUAAUGAUGAGAUGAAUGGUGAACUGCCACACCAUUUUUGCACCUCAGAGCUAGCUAAUAAAACAUCAACAAAUGACGACGAGUGCUUGACUCAGGAGGAGAUAGUUGGUUCAUCAGGAAAUCAGAAGCCUCUGUCUUCAUUGGAUGCUAUGGCAGGUGGUGACAUGCCAAGUUCUAGUAUUCAGCACGCUUCUAUGAGAACUGGGGGUUUGGAAGAAGCUGUCGCCACAAAAUCUUGUGCUUGUUCUUUCUGUCUUAAGGCUGCUUUUAUGUGGAUGGAUCUCCAUUAUCAGGAUGCAAGAAGCCGGCUUUCUGUAUUGAAGAAAAACAUCAAGUUUGCCAGGUUGUUGGAGGAAAGAAGUAGAGGAAGUGAAUAUGCUGCCAAUGUAGCCGGAUAUAACUCAAAGCGAGCUGUGGGAAUGGAGUUCGAACUAUCUCAACAACAGAGAUCACUCUUUCUUUAUACAGAAAAUGCCCUUGUCCGCGAGUCAACACAGCUUCAUUCUACUUUUGUGAAGUUGAAAGAAUUGAGAGAGAACUGCAAGACAAAUCUUGAGACGAUCAGCAAGUCUUCAAUGAGAAAAUGAGUGCUGCAUGUUGCGCUGCUGAACUGUUAGUUUUCCUGAGACUUAGUAUGAUCAGCUGGCUUGGUUUGAAGCAAGAUGUGCAUUGAGAUUUUUCCUCAACUUAGGAAUUAUGAUGCUUACCAUCAGUUUGGCACUUUGGCUGUAGUGAUUACUCCUAUCAUAAAGCAUUGUUCUAGUAUGUUUUUUUUUUUGGAUAAGGAUUCUAGUAUGUUUGUAGGUGAUGUAAAAAUAACCAUGGUAAGGUAGGAACUGUAAGACAUCGGCAUCUUGACUUGUACUUUGCAGUGAGCUUCUUUCAUAUGAAAAUUCUUUCCUCUCAGGGUUGUUUGUUUCGCUAAAAGGCCAGGUUGAAAAGUAUUGUUCGCUGAUUUGUUGCGAGAGAAAAACACUAUACCAUGACUGAUAAGUACUA